GUGGUGCCGUUCACUUCCUGUAAGUUAUGCUCAACAGAGAGAGCUACAUGUGAAACACUGAAAACCCCGCUCACUAAUUCAGAAGAGUGAGAAAAUGGAUGUCUUCUCCACCAGCUGAGGAGGAAUCGGCCCCAGUCAGUGAGAUGGCGUAGCGGGCUGCAGGCCCUAUAAGAGCUGGAGGAGCUGCCAUGGACGUCCUGACCCUAAGUGGACUGCAGUUUUCUCCACAGUAUGAUUUUGACCGAAUGGUGGAGAUCAGAGCACAGAAACGUGAACAUCUGCGCGGACGCAACAACGUGACCUCAUGUCGCAGCCCCACGAGAGAGUUAGACACCGGGCAGAUUAAACGGGACCUCAAACACAAGCGGCAGCUGGAAUUUCUGAGGAGGAGAUCUGUGAGCCCCGAGCCGCGUGGCUCUGUGAGUCCAACGGCCAAGACGUUUUCAGUGAAACUUAACAGUUUGAGCAGCAAAACGUCGCAUAGCAACGCACAAACUACUCUGACUGGGAACACAUUAGAAGCUCCAAGCUGCAGCAGCUGGGCUUCAUUAUGGACAGAACAGGUAACACUGAUGAGGCAAGAGAACGGACCCAUAAAGAAGCAAGCUUCUACCUCCACAUCAGUGACAAAGGAAUCAGCUCAGCACAGAACGAAAGGCACAGAGAGAAGCAGGAACAGCAUCAACGCAACAAAGACCAGUGUAAAGACGUACAUUCAGUCCGAAGAACUUUAUGCCAAAAUGUCAAUUCGCAAUGAAAAUGUGCCGCAGAAGAAGACGCUGCGAGACGCAGGCGUGCAAACAGAGUCCGGCCUCAUCACCGUGAAGGAGUCUGACAUCAAGAGCUUGGCUGAGUACCUGCAGGACGCCCUUUGGAGGGAGGAGGCCAUGAAGAAGAAGCUGGCUGCCCUCCAGGAGAGCACGUCCAACCUGCUGAACUCCUCCGACACGCUGUGGAAGGCUCGCUGCAGCGAGGACCUGCUGAACAACAAGAUCAAGGCUCUGGAGGCACAGCUGCAAGUCUGUCUGCAGAAGUUUCCAAAGGAUGGAGUGAAGAAAGUGAUGGUGCAGAUGGAGAAGCAGAAGCUGAUAUAUGAGGAGAAGGCUGUGGUCGCCCUGCAGAAGGCCACGCAGGAGAAAACCGAAGCUCUGAGCAAGGCCGAGACCCUGCAGGAAGCACUAAUCACCUCAAAGGCAGAAGCCCUGAGGUGGCAGAGCCUGUACGAGGAGCUCAGGCUCGGCUCAGGGCGACUCCGGGAGCAACAGCAGCUCAGCAAUGAGCAGCUGCAGCAGCUGCACGGCCAAGUGGAGCUGUCCAGGGCCAGGGAGGCCGAGCUGAGGGACGAGGCGGCGGCGCUGAGGCAGGAGAGGCAGGAGCUGCAGUACAACGUCUGCCUGCUGCAGCAGGACAACCAGGUCCUGAGAGAAGAAGUCCAGCAGCUUCGAGAUGGCAGCAAUGAGAGCCAGGACGUCACCAUGCAGGAGUGCGUGACGUCAGAGGAAGCGGAGCCACAGCUGACGGCGAGGAGAGACUCCCAGGUGGAGGAGCAGCUCCGUCACACGCAGGAGAAACUCCGGCUCAAAGAGCGAGAGUGUGAGGAGCUGCAGUCGGAGCUCCACACCAUGGAGCAGGAGUGUCAGUCCAGUCAGGCCCGUCUGUCGCAGUGCAGGGAUGAGCUCCGGCUGCUCAGCCACCGCCGCAGGAGAACGGCGCCGUGCGGCUCCUGGUGGAAGGUGUUGCUCCUCUUCCUCCUUCUCCUCGCUGCUGCGGGAGUGGUCCUGCUGUGGUUGUGGCAUCCUCCGUUCAGGGAGCAGGUUGAAGACCUCUACUCAGACAUAGAGACCCGCGUUGAAAACUAUCUCAUGGAAAUGGCCUCGCCUCAACACUCAGGCUGCUUUAGACCAAUAUGAAAAGCACUUGCUCAGGAAUUUUAUUAUUGUAUUAGUUGGUUUGUUUUGCUUUGGUUUAGUGUAGUUCAUUCGUAUGUGUGUGUGUGUGUGUGUGUGUGUGGUUGUGUUUAUAGUUUACACACCUCCAGUGUGAGAACAACACAAUGUAAAACACUGGAAGUCCCUGUUUGACUGACAGUGAGUUAAUAUCAACAGUGUAGUUAAGACAAAACAUGUUUACUGUAACAACCUGGAAGCAAUAAAACAUCAUGAAAACA